AUGGAGCCCUGCGGCAGUGCGGGGGGCACCCGGGCAGCCGUGAGCAUGCCCUCGGUGGUAUCAGCAUUUCUAGAAGUCAGAAAGCUGGCUUCCGCGCGGUGGGUGGGAACUGGACAGCAGGCUUUCCGGAGAACUGCUACUCAAGGACUGGGUCUGAUCCGUCUCUCCUUUGGGAAAGUGCCACGGAUCAGUAGGGGAGCAAGGAAAGAAGGAUUGUCCAAAUGUGGAAGAUGCAAGCAGGCAUUUUACUGCAAUGUGGAGUGUCAGAAAGAAGAUUGGCCCAUGCACAAGCUGGAAUGUUCUCCCAUGGUUGUUUUUGGGGAAAACUGGAAUCCCUCAGAGACUGUAAGGCUCACUGCAAGGAUUCUGGCCAAACAGAAAAUCCACCCAGAGAGAACACCUUCAGAGAAACUGUUAGCCGUGAAGGAGUUCGAAUCACAUCUGGAUAAAUUAGACAACGAGAAGAAGGAUUUGAUUCAGAGUGACAUUGCUGCUCUCCAUCACUUUUACUCCAAGCACCUGGAAUUCCCUGACAAUGAUAGCCUGGUUGUACUCUUUGCACAGGUUAACUGUAAUGGCUUCACAAUUGAAGAUGAAGAACUUUCUCAUUUGGGAUCAGCAAUAUUUCCUGAUGUGGCCCUGAUGAAUCAUAGUUGUUGCCCGAAUGUCAUUGUGACCUACAAGGGGACCCUGGCAGAAGUCAGAGCCGUCCAGGAAAUCCACCCGGGAGAGGAGGUUUUUACCAGCUACAUUGACCUGCUGUACCCGACGGAAGACAGGAAUGACCGGCUGAGAGAUUCUUACUUCUUCACCUGUGAGUGCCGGGAGUGCACCACCAAAGACAAGGAUAAGGCCAAGGUGGAAAUCCGGAAGCUCAGUGACCCCCCGAAGGCAGAAGCCAUCCGUGACAUGGUCAGAUACGCACGAAAUGUCAUCGAGGAGUUCCGAAGGGCCAAGCACUACAAAUCCCCUAGUGAGCUGCUGGAGAUCUGCGAGCUCAGCCAGGAGAAGAUGAGCUGCAUGUUCGAGGACAGUAACGUGUACAUGCUGCACAUGAUGUACCAGGCCAUGGGCGUCUGCCUGUACAUGCAGGACUGGGAGGGAGCCCUGCGGUACGGACAGAAAAUCAUCCAGCCCUACAGUAAGCAUUACCCUCUGUACUCCCUCAAUGUGGCCUCCAUGUGGCUGAAGCUGGGAAGACUGUACCUGGGCCUGGAGAACAGAGCUGCUGGAGAGAAAGCCCUGAAGAAGGCCAUCGCCAUCAUGGAAGUAGCCCACGGCAAAGAUCAUCCGUACAUUUCCGAGAUCAAACAAGAAAUUGAAAGCCACUGAAACUAUGCCGACAUUUUCCUUUUUGUACCAGUACUAGCGCACAAACCUUCAAGGAUUUGACUAUUUCAAAUCAUACACCUCACUCCAGCAUUUCUGUAAACUCAUUGGAAUGAAAACGCGCUUUGCACUUAAACCUUACACGUGGUUUACUUGGAUGUUGUUGGUCUUAAUCUUGAACCUUAAUAGCAAACUUAAUUUUUGAAUGCUUUUUCCUUCCCUAGGAGCUAAUGUUACGGUUUCAUAUAUUAUAAUAUACUUUGGACAGAUUGCGUUGAAAAAAUGCAGUUAUUUUUCCCUUCAUGCCUCCUGUGAUGUUCUGAGCAAACCUGGAUGAUGAAAGCUAAUAAUAAACAAAAAAAGACAGUAGUCUCUCAA